AAACACGGCGAGGAUAAAGCAAGAUGGCGUCUGACGGUGAAGACGUUAUUGCAGUCGUCACAGUUCAGUGUUCUUAAUCUGUGCCUCCAUGUACACAUAUAUGUCCUUUAUUACACUCUAGUAAAUAGAGUAAACAUCGUUAAUAACUGUUUGCAUCCGGUUAUAUUAGUCUGAGCGCACUUUGAUGCUUCUCGAGCUAGCUUAGCCUGCUAGUUAGCUUAGCUUGUUAGCUGCUAACAAAGAGAGGCGGAAGUGAUCAAAACACAUCACUAAGUAGAGAUCAAGUGUGAGUGUAAAGUGUUGUGAUUGUGUGAAAAUGUGCCAAAGAACCACAGCAGAGUACGAGGAGGAACUUUGUCCAACAAAAGAGGAGAAGGAGCGACAACAUGAAAAACAUCAAGUUGUGUUACACAGAACAGACAUCCAUCAGCUGAUUGGACACCAAGAAGAAUGUCUCCCUCAUCUGCAGGGGGACAGUUUCACUUUAGAGUAUCCACAGCCUUCACAUUUUAAAGGGAACAAAGAUGAGCCACAGCCCUCUUAUUUCAAAGAGGAAGAGGAGGGAGAGUGUCCUGUAGGGCAGGAGGAGGCUGAUGUCAGCAAGUUUCCACUGACUGUUGUCUCUGUGAAGACUGAAGAGCAUGAAGACAAACCACCUGAGUCCUCACAGCUUCAUCACAGUCCAAACGUCGAAGAAGAACCUCUACCCCGUGAGCAGGAGGAACCACGGUCCCCCCACAUACGUGAGGAAGAAGAGGUACGACAUUCCCAACACAUUAAAGAGGGAGGAGAGGAGCCACAUCCCCCCCACAUUAAAGAGGAAGACGAGAUGUCACACACCCAUAAUGUUAAACUGACCCUUCACAUUAAAGGGCAAGCGGAGGACCCACUGAUCUUACACAUCAAAAAUGAAGAGGAGGACCCACUGACCCCUCACUUUAAGGAGCAAGAGAACCUGCUGACCCCUCACAUUAAAAAGGAAGAGGAGGACCAAGAGCCACCGCACAUUAGAGAGGAAGAGGAGGAAGAGGGCAUCAGUCAGCCUAAAUGGUUGGAGGAGUUCCCAGUGACUGGUGUCCCUGUGAAGAGUGAAGAUGAUGAGGUGAAAGGUGAAAGUGAGGAGAGGGGAGGGGGGGAGCCUCCAAGCAGCAGCUCAACACAACACAUGACAACAGAAGCUGAUGGAGACCACUGUGGAGGAUCACAAGCAGACAAGCUCUUAGCUCCACUAUCAGAUAGUGAGGACACAACGUCACACUCUCCUGACACUGAUGAUGAAGACUCUAAAGAUGAUAAGACAUGUCACACUGACAACACUCACCUCACAUCUUCUCACUGUCACAAAACUUUUAAAUACCAUAGUUAUCUGAAAGUACACGUGAGAACACACACUGGAGAAAAACCUUUUUCCUGUUCAAUCUGCGGUAAAGGUUUUACAGAAAGUCAACAUUUGAAAAGACACAUGCGAACACACACUGGAGAAAAACCUUUUUCCUGUUCAACCUGUGGUAAAGGUUUUACACAAAGUACAGAUGUGAAAGUACACAUGAGAACACACACUGGUGAAAAACCUUUUUCCUGUUCAACCUGUGGUAAAGGAUUUACACAAAGUACAGAUGUGAAAGUACACAUGAGAACACACACUGGUGAAAAACCGUUUCCUUGUUCAAUCUGUGGUAAAGGUUUUACACAAAGUCAGAGUUUGAAAAAACACGCUAGAACACACACUGGUGAAAAAUCACAUUCCUGCUGAAUCUGCAACAGAAGCUUUUGUUGACAAUCAACCCUUGUAGCACACAUGAGAAGACACCCAGGAGAGAAAGUGUUGAGUUGCAGUGUGUGUGGUGAAAGAUUGUCUUCUAAGUAGCAGUGUAAGAAACACAAGUGUGCUGGUGAGAACAGCAGCAGCAAAUGAAACUGCAGGAUUUGAAAUAAACUGUCAAGAUUUUCAUUUUGACUUUCUAACAACAUCAGCACAUAUAACAUGUGUGACAUUCAGAGGUGGGUAGAGUAGCCAGAAAUUGUACUCAAGUAAGAGUGCUGUUACUUUAAAGAUUUAUUACUCAAGUAAAAGUAAGGAGUAGUCACCCAAAUAUUUACUUGAGUAAAAGUAAAAAAGUAUGUUGUGAAAAAACUACUCAAGUACUGAGUAACUGAUGAGUAACCUGUUUGUUUAAUGAUUACGGCAACAAAUAAUGCACAAAAACAUAAAAAUAGCAAUGAGCAAAUUCAGAGCCAGGAAUAUCUCUUAAGCAACUAAAACAAUAAUAUGUAUUAAAUAAUAGUACAUUAAAAUAAAAUUUAAAAAAUGGCACAUUGAGCCACAAUAACUUAACAGCACCAUAGCCUCAGUAGGCAUUCAUUGAUUUGAUUGAUUGAUUGAUUGAUUGAUUUAUUGAUUGAUUGAAACUUGUAUUAGUAGAUUGCACAGUACAGUACAUAUUCUGUACAAUUGGCCACUAAAUGGUAACACCACAAUAAGUUUUUCAACGUUUAUCAAUUACUUAGUAAAUGACCAAGUCGAGGUGAUCUACCUCAUAUAUAUAUAUACAUACACACACAUAACAUUUAUACACACACAUAACAUUCAUACACACACAUAACAUUCAUACACACACAUAUUAUAUAUAUAUAUAAGUAAUAUGUAUAUAUGUAUAUAUAUACACAUUUAUAUAUACAGUAUAUAAUUUAUAUUUAUUUAUUUUGCCGUUUUUGUUGACAUGUUGAAGGUGUUUUAAUGAAUAUACAUGCAUGUUUAACAUAUAGAUUCCUAUCUUUCAUGAAGACAAGAAUAUAAGUUGGUGUAUUACCUGAUUCUGAUGACUUGCAUUGAUUGGAAUCAGACGUCCACGUUUUCAAAUGGAGGAGAAAAAAAGUUCCUCCUUCCUGUCUAAUACCACAUGAAAGUCGUUGGUUUUUGGCAUCUUAUUUGUCCAGCUUCCAUAUUCGUUUUUAUACACUUGACAAGAAAUACAUUGGCGGCAAACUCCGUAGCUUGCUAGCUUGUUUGUGCUGGCUUUC